CAGGUAAAGAAGAAGAGUUUCCCAAGAAGACACUGGGGCAGCUCCCUCCUGAUGUAGGGGCAGCAGUGCUGAACCAUGUGGGCAAUGGUCAAAGCCACACAGAGCCAGCCGAUCCUCCUCGGAACUCAAGUCCUGUACCGGACCGCCGGCAGGACAGUCGGCCCCCGAGCCGGGCACGUCAGGACUCAGUGGAGAGAUCGUUUCGCCACCAAAAAGUGGAUAAAUUGGACGUCCAUUACAGGGGGUCAAAUGAAACCCAGAAUGAGCAGCAAAAGCAGUCCACCACCACCACCCCUGAAAAAAUGGCAACUCCUCAGAUCACCACAAUAGACAGUAGAAAGCCUCAGAGCCAUGCCACCGCAAACCACAACUCCAACGCAGCCUCCAGCACACACAGAACCAUCACACCCCGCUGGGUCAAACCCUCCGAGACAAAGUUAGAAGCUGUAAAAGCUGCAGCGGCUAGAGAUAACCACCUCAGUCGUGGGACUUCGCCAGCUCCUUCCAGCCCAGACGAAAAUGUUUUACUCAAACGUCGGCCGAUAUCCAAAGGAUUUGGCCAUGGCUCUGAUCGAGGGUCCAAUGCCUCCCAGUACGACAAUGUACCGGGGAUGUUGGAUCAGGACUUGGGGAUUCUGGAGCAUGACAGGCCUCCAUCUAGAGAGCGGAUCCCUCACAAUGAGACAUCCUUUAGUGUUUCAGAACAGCAUCAUGGCAGCCAAAACUAUGGACCAAGUCUGGAUGGGAAUGUAGUUUCCAUCUCAUCUGGGCCAAGAACGACCAAGAGCCCUCAUUUUUUCCACAACAAUCCAGCAGGGGUCCCAGUCAACUACUCUGCCAGCCAAAGUCGGUAUCACACACCUCACCAGCAGUCUCCAAGAAGAACUACAACUGAGGUUCCUAUCCUUCACCCGGGCUACAGUGUGAGUCUGGACCAAAGAGUGGAUGACAGACUCAAUGGACCCUCUGGGUUUAACUCACCAGAGGUGUACAGAGAACUAAUAUAUGCAACCGCACAGCGACACCCCAGCAGAGUCUCCCCUAAGAAGACUAUUCACAAUAACUCUUUCGCCACCUACCGCAGACCCCCAAGGUCUGACAACUUUCAAAACACAAGAUCACCCCCAAACCAAUCUCUGCAGCUAGAACCCCAGAGCAGCUCCACCCCCAUCUACGUGCAACAACUUACACUCACAUCAACCUCACAGAUCCACACUCAAGUGAACUACAGAGCUGAGGGCCAUCGAAGGGGUGAGGCAAACCCACACUAUCUGCCAGACGGUAGACCAGUUCAAGCUGUAGACAGGCCCCACUGGGAGCCAGAGGGUCCACACCCACCACAUUCACCAGGCGGGAUGCCUCGCUCACCCAGCUUCCAGCAAGCCCAACUGUCUCCUGUUCAGGCGUUCACUUUCCCCCCCAACUCUGAUGGUCAGACUCACUACAGGACACAGCAGCAGCAGCCAGUUAUACGGCAACAGCUCCCUCAGCUGUUCGGAGCGCCACACUACAGGCACGCACAGGAGGCAUUCGCCUUGCAGGAGUCCAUGCUGCUGUGAUGCAACAACCACUGUAAAAACUGAUGUGUAGUCAUGACACUGUGAUGAAGAUGAGCAGUCCUGGCUUCAUUCCAAACCUGGCUUUGUUUCUGCUCUGUUUUUUGUGAAGUACUGAAUAGCUGAACUAUAACUUUGCGGGACACACCAGCCUCUGAUGUUUCUACUGAUUGCUUUAAGGGAAAAAACUGAAGAUAUAAUUUUAUUUUUGGAUGUAAAUCAAUAACAGUAUAUAUAUAUAAUCUUUUAGAGUUUGGACAUGUACAGUGGAGUUUGGUGUUAAUAAUCUGAAAUUGUUAGGGGAGUGUUCCCUAUAAAAACAAAACUGAUUUAUUUUUUCAUCUGUAUUUUAUUUUUUUUACUUACAAAUAGGUAUUUACAUUACAGAACACUUCUGAAUGUGAUUUUUAAACAAAUGCUAGAGCAGAGUUGAAUGAGUUCAUGUACGUUUUGAUUUCAUUUAAAUUUUUAAGUACCCACUACCCAUUGGUGCAAAAACUAGGUUGUUGUUUUUUGUUUUGUUUGUUUACAAGUUUGUUUUUAAGAAAAUACACUGAACUUUUUUUUUACAAUUCAGUCUGAGUCCGGAUUAAUGUGCAAUGCAUUUCUCUCAGAAAUAUUUUGAGGCCAGUGUAGUUUAGACAAAUACAGAAUGAUAUGAGGGCUACAGUACAAACGAUAUAUAUGUAACCAUUGUUAACAUAGUUACAGGAUCCCAAGAUGAAUGUAAACAUUUUGGUUUACUGUGCUUUAUUUUUUUAACAGACACAUUAUCUAAUACACCCCCACCUCCCAAAAUAAACACACUACAUGUAAGAAAGGUGGAGUCGCACAUUUCUGUAAUCAUCCUUUAUUUCUUGUACUCUGAUUUUUAAAUACUUAUAAAGAAGUACAGCUGCUUACAUUCCCUAACUUAUAUUUGCUUUCUGUUUACUAAACUGCAGUUCAUUGUGACAUUUUGCUUAAUAAAAUGAGGUGGGUAAAAA